CGCCAUUCAUACGAGGCGGUUGUAGCCAACUCUUAGCUUAAUUCUGAAAAACAAUUCAAUUAUAUCCAAGCCCAUACGCUUUUUUGUGAAAGAUAAAUUUUGACUUAAUGCACUAAACUUUAUUCAACGUAAUAUGCAACCAAAGUGAAGUAAAGUGCAUAAUAGUGAUUGUGAAAAGUGAAGUGAAGUGAGGAUGGAGAAGGUUAGCUGAUCUAAGAGUCAGCCGCGCACGCCCAAGAAACGCUUGCUUAGACACAUCAUGCAGGUGUUCGGCGAGUGGGCCCAGGUGGAGGUGGUAGAGCUGGUGAACGACGGGUCUGGGCUGGCGUUUGGCAUCGUUGGGGGCCGCUCCUCAGGCGUCGUCGUGAAGAGCGUGCUGCCGGGCGGCGUGGCUGACAGAGAUGGGCGUCUGCGUAGCGGGGACAUGCUACUGCGAAUCGGCGCAGUGUCUGUGGUGGGAAUGUGUGCGCGGCAGGCCGCAGCCGUCUUGCGACAGUGCGGCGCUUGCGUGCGUUUACUGGUCGCAAGGCCUGCUCACAGCGUGCAAACGUCUCUUGGGGCCUCCCAAGCCCCAAUUGUGCCGUCGCGCCUACUCACGGACCCCAUUGAGUUGGAGAGGAGUUUAUCGGAGGCUGGUCAUGAUGGGUUUGGAGCACUUUGCGAGGAAAGCAGUCCACCGACGCCACCACCUACCAUUAUUGAGGAAACAUACCAUCACAGACCGGUAGCAUCUAUAGUAGCAGUGGUACCACGUGAGGCCUUAGGCCCAUCACCGCGCCCCCCACCACUCAUCACUGUACCCCCUCCGAAACUACCACCACCAAUUAGAUUACCCCUAGAUAUGGCUGUCAGAGGUUGUGAACCAGAAACAUUGAGCUACGAAGUGGAAUUGAACAAGGAUUCCGCCCUCGGUCUGGGAAUCACAGUGGCCGGAUACGUCUGUGAACAAGAGGAGCUGAGUGGUAUUUUCGUGAAGAGCAUCAGUGCCGGCAGCGCUGCGGAUCUCUGUGGAAAGAUUCGAGUUAAUGAUAGGAUUGUUGAGGUGGAUGGAGUGUCGUUGCAUGGAGUUACGAAUCACCGCGCCGUCGCUUUGUUGCGAGACGCUAAAGGCCCCAACGUUAAAUUGAAGGCCUUGAGGUAUCUUCGUGGAGCGGGGUUUGAGAGACUCCAGAAAGCGUUAGCUGCACAAGACGGUAGACGGUCUCCCAUACCUCCCCCUAGUCCGUCAGUUACAUCCCUUGCCAAAUAUAGUUUUAGUGUGUACGACGAAUCAACGGUGAUAGAAGUAGAACCUGAGUCUGAUAUACAACCACAUCUCCCUUCGCCAACCUCUCCUUCGGAGGAAGCGGAAAUAGUGAUAGGAAGAGACGACGAUAUAUCUGAAAGAGAGAUUAGGAGGAUACAGGACAAGUGGCGGGAUGUGCUGAAGGAUGAACCGGACUGGCCUGGUAAUCAGUACCAGUAUGACGUUAUUGUUGGUUCAAUAAUAAAAGGAAAGGAUAGUGGCCUAGGUAUUUCCCUGGAGGGUACAGUUCGAGUCGUAGGAGGCAAGGAAGUCCAGGCGAGGCAUUACAUUAGGGCGAUAGCUCCCAACGGGCCUGUCGCUAAAUUAGGGAUUUAUCAAGUUGGAGACGAAUUGUUAGAGGUAAACGGCUGGCGUGUACUAGGAGCACAUCACGUAGAGGUGGUUACGAGAUUGAGGGCUGUGACGUCACCCGUAUUACUAGUCAUUGUGCGUAAACGUAGCGAAAAAGCAAAUGGAAUUGAACCUAGUUUAGCAAGGAGUGGAGUCCUAGGAGGCAGUCUUCAAGACCUGCUCGCUCCACCUCAAAGACUGAUAAAGGCGAAAUCAGAAAGUUCAGUUGCGUCUUUAUGCAGCGCGGCGACCGUGUUAUCAGCUGGCCAUGAUCAUGAUGAGUUUUGUUCGGACGAAUUGGAACGGAACAGGUCUCGUUCGCUGGAACCCCUGAGCUGGUUAGCAAUGUGGAGUGAUCACAUUGACUAUAUACAACUGCAUAAGGAAGACCGGGGUCUCGGUUUCUCCAUACUCGACUACUUGGAUCCUUCAGAACCUAGCAGUUCGGUUAUAGUGGUCCGGUCUGUAGUGAGUGGUGGGGCAGCUGCGUUGGACGGAAGACUCUCACCCGGAGACAGGCUGAUCUCUGUCAAUGGCCAGGAUAUAUCCCGGGCGCCACUGGCGGUUGCCGUGGCAGCCAUUAAAAGCGCACCUAAAGGACUCGUAACAAUCGGGAUAUCGAAGCCUCUACCCUGUAGCACAGUAGUCGGUGGCGACAAAGUGAAUGGGUCUAGCUUUCAAAAUAGCCAGGAAUGCAUCAAUUCUUUAGCAUCCGAUGACCAUACUGGAAUGGAUUCCUUCCACGAAUGCUUGCAGGAAUAUGGCGAAGGGCUAGAAGUAGUACAAAUAUGUUUAGAACCAGAAGAAACUUCGAUCAAAGAUGAAGAAUUGUCUGCCUUAGUUGAUUUAAGUACGGAUUCUAAUAAUAAAGAAAUUAUAAAUGAUAGGCUUAUAAUUUCUUUUGAAAAUAAGGAAAACAAAGAAAAAGUUAACGGGAUUGUUGAGUUAAAAACAUCCAAAUCAGAUGAAUCUUUAGAUGACCCUGAUGAUAUGACCAUUAUUGAAGACGAAGUAGUUACUGCCCCCAGAGAGCUUAAUAUUCGUAGUAAAUCCGCUGAUAGAAAUGAAGUAAAUGGGGAGAAAAUGCUACUUAAACAGCAAAGUAAAGAUAUAUCAACAUCUGAUGAAAUGGUUUAUGCUGUUACACCAACGGGCUUGGAAAGAAUAAGCUACGAAAAAUAUUGGCGUGAGUGUGAUAAAGAUAAAAAUAACGACGAAAGCUGGAAAGAAUGCCUUAAUUCCCCUAAUGAUGAUACUUUGAGUUUUAACGAUACUAAAAUCUCCGUCCAGGAAGAUCGUAAUUCAUUGCUAUACAUCGAUCAUGAAAUCGACGGUUAUGAGACAUGUCUUGACGAUGAUUCAACGUCCAUAAAGUGUUUCACAAAAAACGGCCAUAAAAUAAACGGAGAUCGCGAGAUCAAAGAGUCUGAUAAACAAAUUCAAAUGGCUAUUAGCAAAGACAACGAUACCUGUGCUAUGAGUAAUGACGAUCAUUUCGAAACAAACAGCAAAGAGGAUGCGUCGUCUUUUCCAUACGUGGAAGAACAUAUCAUAAAACAAAUGCAAUCAUUACGAAUAGAGCCUCUUAACGUUAAUAUCUGCCAGAGAAAAAAGAAGAAGAGCCCUACAAAGCCGUCCAAGAAUGAGCGUCGAUGUAUUGAGUAUUAUAACGAUCAGGAUGAAUGUUUGAAAGAAAUAAAGAGAAAGAAGCGGGAGGAAGAAGAGAGAAAAUCUCAGAAAAAGCAAACGUCUUUAUUGGAGAAGAAUAAAGGAAUUUUGGAAAAGAAGCUGAAAUUAAAGAAACAAGAACCAAGCGAGGAAUCGACAGAUAUAGAAACGUAUGUGCCUGGUUGCCAUAAGUGCUUCUUGGAAAGUUAUGCGUAUGCUAUAACAAAAGCGUAUAUUGAAGAGGCAAGUGCUUGUAAAUAUUGUGACGUUAUUAGAGAUAUGGGGGAAUCCCCUAAAGUAAUGUAUAGACGGAUGUCUGCUCCGGGUUUGCUAAACAUAGAUAGUCCAGGAUCUGAUUCAGAUACUAAUGGACUGUUGAUGGUACCUGGUGAACGAGGAAGGCGGAAAUCAGCUGGGCCUUUUAAAUUUCUAGUGCCUUCUCGAAGACCUAGCUUUGUACCAAAUAUGACGGUGACAGUGUCACCUGAGCGACGUGACGGCGUGUCCGCGCAACGCUGGGGCCCCCCACGACGGGUAACGUUGAAGAGGGGUCCUGGGGCCCCACUUGGGGUCAGCAUUGUUGGAGGAAAGGUUGACAUAAUAUCGGGGCGCGAUGAUGCAAACGGAAAUGAUAAGGGAAUAUUCGGCAUCUUCAUCAAAAAUGUCGUCCCAGGAAGCCCGGCUGGAAAGUGUGGCGAAUUGAAAGCUGGUGAUAGAAUAUUAGAAGUGGAUGGAGUCUGUGUUAGAACAGCACAGCAUGAGCGAGCCGUGCAACUGAUCAAGGCAGCUGGCUCCACCGUCACCCUGACUGUCCAGAGUUUGAUGACAUGGAAUACGUCAUCCUCUGACACUUCUCCGCCUGCAGUGGCACCCAGGCCGUCGAUGAAAAAGCGGCCAGCACCGCCUGCACCGCAGCAACACCACGAUAUCAAGAUAACAGUAACAUCGGAUUCGGAUACGCCAAAGCAGAACGGAGAUGUGACAAAAGAAGAUGAAGAGGAAGAGAAAGAAACAGAGGAUAAACCGAAGACCGUUUAUUCGGACUCAGAAGAGAGUAGUGACGAAGAAGACGCGAGAGAACUACAGGGAAGGACAUAUUCCGAUAAAGGAGUUGAGAUUGAUCGUGCAUCAGCCGGUGCCAUAAAACGUAGCAAAGAAGAAAGGGAAGCAGAUAAAGAAGAAGAAGAUGACUUCGGUUAUACGUCAAAUAAAAUCAAAAAGAAGUAUGGCCCGCUCGGCGAGAGUAUUAUCGUGUGCAAACUGGAGAAAUCUGCCAAACACGGCCUUGGUCUCAGUCUUGCCGGCCACAGGGACAGAAGUAAGAUGGCGGUCUUCAUCUGCGGGAUACACCCAGCUGGGUCCGCUGCUAAAUCUUCGCCACCUGUAAAAGUUGGAGACGAGAUCUUGGAGGUAAACGGCCUAGUUCUACACGGAAGAUGUCACCUCAACGCUUCGGCUAUUAUAAAGGGACUUCUUGGACCUGUUUACAAAUUCAUCCUCUUGAGACGCAAAGCUGCUUUAGAAGAUGUAGCUGUAAAACCACUUACGCAGUUCCCUACAGCACUCGAAGAAGAGCCGGACGACCGGUUCGCAAACUACAAAGGUGUCCGGGACAUCACUAUAAAGAAGGGUCCAUCGGGAUUGGGCAUCAUGAUCAUAGAAGGCAGACACACAGAGGCAGGCCGCGGUAUAUUUAUUUCCGAUCUGCAAGAGGGCAGCGCAGCAGAACAAGCUGGUAUGAAUAUAGGUGACAUGAUCCUCGCUGUUAACAGGGAGUCUCUUCUAACCUGCAGUUAUGAUGCUGCCGCAGCAAAGCUGAAGCAGACAGAAGGUGUGGUUAUUCUGACAGUAUGCAGUCCCAAUAUGAAGGAUCCUGAUGAGUCUGGAACUUCCGGUGUCAGCGGGAGUCAAACGCCGAACCAAGACGGUCAGGCUCCGAAGCCAGCACCUUCGCCGGCCAAACCUGAGCCACCCGCUGACCCUGCAACAGCUCAGCUAAGAGCCAAUCAAGACACUGUGAUAGAAAUCAACUCUAACAACGAAGUGUUAGGAAUAUUGCUACUUGGAGGCAGCGACACUUUGCUAAACGGUGCAGCAGCUGUAGUACUAGACAUUUAUAAGAACGGGUGCAUCGCUAAAGACGGGAGACUGCGACCCGGAGACCAGAUCAAGGACUGCAAUGGGAUCACCAUCACCAAAGAGAUGACACACGAGAGAAUUUGCGUUUCUAUCAAACAGAAGGCACCCAAGUUAAAAAUGAACGUGUACCGGCCAGAGCCCAUAGUCUACGAUGAGAUUGAUGUAGAAUUAACUAAAAAAGGGGGCAAAGCUCUAGGGCUGGCGUGCAUACAACCUGUUCAAGGCACGGGAGUCUACUUAGGUGAACUGCUUGCCGGUUCACCAGCGGAAGUUGACGGGCGUCUCCAGCGUGGGGAUUUCCUAGCAUCUGUGGACGGCAAGGAUAUGACGUCAGCAGACGCCCCGACCGCCGCCGCAGCGCUCAAACUUUGCACCAACAAGGUUCCCAUCAAAGUGAAGAGAUUCAAAAUUAAGUGAACGAUCAGUGCUUAGUGCGGUUUAAUAAAACGAUUUAGUAUGCUGCAUUCGAUAUUGAGUAAUAUGAUUUAGUGCGUUUCAGUGCAGUCAUUUGUUUCUUUGGCAAUUGUUUUACUGUUGCGGCUUCUACGUCUCUGUACCUGAGAACUUUAAGUUUGUUAGUUGUGUUUUAUGUAUAAUGUCACAAAAGCAAAAAUAAGUUUAGCUGUCACAAUAUGAUGUAAAAUAAAUAUUUGAUUAUAUUUGAGCUAGCGUUUGAUCCUCUCUGUAGAUCUAGAGAAACAUAAAUGGUUUUUUAUGUGACACAUUUCUCCGUUUAUUUCUGAUUCUUUUAAUGUUGUUUUAAAUACCUUAUAAAAUUUAACAAGGGCAUUCUGUGCAAAAACCGGGGGCGAUCAAUUCGAACUCAAAUCAACUCGAAUUUGGGGGGGGGGGCUUGUAAAAACUCCAAAAAGCUAAAAGACUCAAAUUACUUAGUAUGUUAUGUUUGUGCAAGUUUUUAAAGGUCAAAGUCCGAAAAAAUUAGCACAGAUGGAGACUUUUUAAAAUUCUGACGUCAGAUUUAUGUACAUUUUCAGCAAGAUAGGAAAUUACUUUCUUUUAGCGCUAAUUGGUCGUUGUCUAUUGAAGCUACAGAUUACAAAAA